AUGAGGACAGGUCUCCGUUACCUUUCUGUGGUGUCUCAGCAGCUUGCUCUGCGGUCACUAGAAGGAUGGGGAUACCUCUCCCCAAACUGCUACGUCCCCCAAGUGAGGACACUCUUUGUCAGCGGGUUGCCUCUGGACAUCAAGCCCCGGGAACUUUACCUGCUCUUCAGGCCCUUUAAGGGGUAUGAAGGGUCUCUCAUCAAACUCACCUCCAAGCAGCCCGUGGGCUUUGUCAGCUUCGACAGCCGCUCCGAGGCAGAGGCGGCGAAGAACGCACUGAACGGCAUCCGCUUUGACCCCGAGAUCCCCCAGACACUGCGGCUGGAGUUUGCCAAGGCGAACACCAAGAUGGCCAAGAGCAAGUUGGUGGGCACCCCCAACCCCAGCACGCCUCUCCCCACUGCUGUACCUCAGUUCAUCGCCCGGGAGCCCUAUGCGCUGGCUCCCUCCCUCAGAGGCUGGUUCUCAGGGCUGGAAGUCCCGUCAGUUCUGCUGAAUGCCGGGUCUCAGGUGUGUGAUGGUGGCCUACAGUCAGUCUUGUGGGUAUUAACGGAGUCUUCCAAGGUGGCUACUGGGUUGGCAUGCUCUCUGCAAAACCACAGUGUGCUGGCUUGAAAAAAAAAAACACCUCACACAAGUUUGGAUUCCUCCAAGACUUUCCCACAGCCUCUAUCACACAUCUGCUCUCCUAGAAGAAAAACGAAAAGCAUAACUAGUAAUAAUAUUUUCCUCUUUUACACUGUAUAUUUGUAAGAAAGAGUGUGUUACUUCUGAAAGCAUGGUUUGACAGGCAUUGCUGUAGCGUUUGAAAAGACUUUUCAAACAGAACCAUAGGAAAGCAGACUACAAAAAAAACCAAAAUGAGAGCAAGUAUUUUUAUACCAAACCUCCUGAACAGGACAAUCUUACACUGGGUCAGACCACAGGUUUUGUGUUUGACUUUCGAAUGCGUGUAACUAAGACUGUCAACCCCUCCCGCCCCAUCUGCAUGUUGAAGGCAUGAUGUUGAUUCACGUGCGUGCAGAUGUUGAGACGCACGAUUCGAGUUUGUAAGAAUUGUGCUCCAGCUGUGUCGGCAAGACCUCUGCAGACACUUACAGUAUUACCCUUUUAUUCCCAGUUGCACCAAAUGACAACCAGGCAGGACAAUCAGAAACUUUCUUAUGGUGAUUUUUUUUACCUUAGGGCUAUGUUACUAGCUUGCUGCGCAAAGCUUCGGCAUGGUACAACGGCUCGGAUCAGGGAUGGGCAGAGACAGCCCGCACAUGUAGCAAGGUGACAAUUUGCCUCCUCCUCCUGCCAUGACUGCUUGAAGUUGUUACGGGCAACGUAAACUGCUGUAUGAGAAAAAAAAACAAUAAACCCCUCGGUUCGCCAGCUUACUGGAGGUUGGGCGUGAGUCCCGAGCACACCGAGGGGCUUAGACACGUGCCUACCGUUACGCCAAAGUGCUGGGCUGAACUGGGGUUCUAGCGUCAAGGUUAUGCCGGUCUAGCGGCUUGCUGUAUGGCAUUUCCAUGUUUCCAUGUGCAAAGACAAGAAGGGAGGCUGCUAACACCCUCGGGGUAGUAACUGUAACCUUUACAGAGAUAGCAUACCAGCAAAGAGACUGCCUGAUAUACUAGUCUCUCCUCCUUGCUCCAGCAGGAAUUUGGAAAAAGAGCAAAGUAAAGCAAACCAAAACCUCCUAACAGAUUUCUGUUUCUUGCAAAAGGAGGCACAAAACUUCUCCUUUCAUUGCCUUUCC